AUGACCCAUAGCCCCGAUAGUUGUUAUAGCUCCCCUGCUGGUUCCCUGUCUUCUAUUCCGGGGAUAGCGCCUAGAAAGCCUCUGGGAUAUAGCAGUUCACAGAAUUUCUUCAAAACCUUCGCUCCAGAUAUGGCUGCCACAACGGUAGAGAUGAACGAUAUUGAUGUGGAAUCAGCAAGGAAUGGGGACACGAGACACGGGUCUGAGGAUGGCAAUUAUCUUUGGAACAUUUUCCGGAAGGACCGACUGCCCGAGGAUUCCGAAUGCUGUGUGGGGUUUACAGACAAGUUCUUCAGAGUUUUUAAGUUCCUGUUCUACAUUUUCCUGUUGUUUGUGUUAAUAGGUGGCGUUAUUGUCACUCGAGCCGGGCUACAAAUUCUGGCGUCACUGCUUGGUGACCAUAAUAUAAGAUUUGAAAAUAGGACCGUUACACAGGAUUUUAUAUCAUACCUAUUUUUCUUCGUGAUUGCAAUACCCGACGCUCUCAAGUUUUUGCAGAGUUUUUUCAUGUUUCUUUUUGGUAGCCGUGAAAGUCCAACAUGUGCGCGUUUUUUAAUGAUAAUCUUCCGUGAGGGGCUCCAUCUUUUUGGCCUCGGGUGCCUGCUUUUCAAGGUCAUGCCCUACCUUGACCCUCUACAGACGUGUCUCGUGACAAUAUCUGUGCCCCUAUUACCGGCCUUUGUUAACUUGAUAUCAUAUUGCCACAGAAAAGCAUGCCAAAUGCGCAAAGGAAUCAAAAAGUUUUUUAACGUCUUCUUCAUACUGUUACUUAUACCAGCUGUUAUAAUUGUGCCAUAUACCCUCUCCCAGUCCAGUGAAAGUAAUAGUGCUAAGCGUUGGCCAGACAAGGUAGAGCUCAUUGCCUGGAUUCUUGUAUCGGUGUUCUUGAUGUCGGCGAGAUGGAUAGAAACAUACUCCUUUGUGUGCAGGAGAUUUAUAGAAGAUAGAAACGACAAGCGGGUAAAAGAUAAAGGAUACGUGAUUUCACAUAUGGCAUCCAGUAUCGUCAGAAUUAUCCUAUUGAUCAUUCUAUUUCCAACGUUUUAUUGUCGAGAUAUUCGAGGAAUUAAUGAUACGUAUGAUAAAUUCAUGUCAUUGACAGAAGUUUCAGGACUCCUUCCCCAGAACUGUUCUGAAUUUCUCAAUUUAUCGAGCCCCACCAUUAACAGUACUGUCACGUGCAGUGACGAGGGGAUAUCCUACUGGCUUGUGAUUAGUUCAUUUCUGGCUCAUACGAUUGGUGCAGUAUUAACAACCCAUUUUGGUGUUUUAGCUUGUAGAUUACGAAUGCAGAAACUGGGAUUUGCAAUUCCAUUUACUGUGGCAACACCUCUUUAUGUCAUUCUGUUGAUUGCACUGAAUGAAACAGGCAAUGACUUUGCAAAUGGUUACUUAUUGUUGAAAGCCGCCGAUAAAUGGUUACUGUUUGCAUUUUUCUUCAUUGGCUGGGUAGGACAAACCUGGGUCUGUCGACAUGUUUGGUACACACACCGCGAAGAACGUAUGGAAUUUGCCAACAGACUGUUUGUCCUACCCCACUUCUGUAGUCCAAUGGUGGACCUGGCGCUUUUACAUAGUCGGAAGAAAAGAAACGCAUCUGAGACAGAGAAACGAUCAGAUACCUCUAACGUAGACUCUAAGGUCUAUAUCUGCGCCACCAUGUGGCACGAAAAUCGGAUUGAAAUGAAGCAGAUUUUGAUAUCUAUAUUUAGACUUGAUCACCACCAGUUCCAGUAUGAGUAUAGCAAAAACGAACUGAAACAUAAAGAAAAAGAUUAUUACACAUUUGAAGCACACAUUCCUUUCGAUGAUGCCAUGGAAACCAAUAAAACAACAAAUAAAAGAGGUCCAAACGAUUUCGUCAGGCAGUUCAUGGAAAUCGUGGAUGAAGCGGCCAGUGCUUUUUACCAAAGAAAAGUUGUACUGGAUCCGCCCAAAAAAUAUGUAACUCCUUAUGGUGGGCGCUUGGAAUGGGAACUUCCUGGAGAAAAUAAAUUGAUUGUCCAUCUUAAAGACAAAGAAAAAAUACGUCACAAGAAAAGGUGGUCGCAGAUCAUGUACAUGUACUAUUUCAUUGGAUACGAACUUCUCAUGAAAGAGAAUAAACCGACAACCGGACCAAAUCCAAAUUUUGAUGACGUGCCUUCAAUAUUUGAAUUACUCUCUGAACAGGUGAAGCAAAAGGCUGAAAAUUCCUACAUCCUGGCACUUGAUGGUGACGUGGACUUCCAGCCAGAAGCUCUGCAGCUUUUGAUUGACCGUAUGAAGAUAAACCCCAAAGUUGGUGCAACAUGUGGACGCAUCAAACCUGGAGGGUCAGGGCCUGUGGUCUGGUAUCAGCGCUUUGAGUAUGCAAUUGGUCACUGGCUUCAGAAGUCUGCAGAACAUAUGUUUGGAUGCGUACUCUGCAGUCCUGGAUGUUUCAGUCUGUUUAGGAUGAAAGCUCUGAUGGACGAUAAUGUAAUGAGAACGUACGCGACAUUACCCACUGAGGCACGCCAUUUCCUCCAGUAUGACCAAGGAGAGGAUCGAUGGCUUUGCACUCUUAUGCUGCAACAAGGUUACAAGAUUGAAUACUGCGCAGCAGCAGAAGCGAUAACCUUUGCCCCGGAAGAGUUCAAAGAAUUCUUUAAUCAGAGAAGACGCUGGAUGCCCUCUACAAUGGCUAACAUUUUGGACUUGCUACAAAGCUACGCCCGUACAACAAAAAUGAACCCAAACAUUUCAUAUUUCUACAUUUUUUAUCAAAUAAUCUUAUUUGUAUCAUCCGUUUUAGGUCCUUCAACCGUUUUGCUGGCCCUAGAGUCUGCCGUUGCCUCAGUCUUUGGUGUAGCACCUUGGUUGGCCUAUCUUUUGACAUACGGCCCAACAAUAAUCUUCAUAUUCGUUUGUCUUAAAUGUAAAACCGAUACCCAACUGAACUGGGCGAUGGUUUUGAGUGCUAUAUACGCCCUAUUGAUGAUGGCAGUAUUUGUAGGGACUCUGGUGUCGAUUGCUAGCGAGGGUUGGUAUACCCCAACAGGAAUGUUUUUCUACAUUCUUGUUGGCACAUUCCUAAUUGCUGGCCUUCUUCAUCCACAUGAAUUCGGUGACCUUAUUUGGGGAAUCCUUUAUUUUAUUUGUAUUCCAGCAGGAUAUCUUUUCUUGAUAAUUUACGCAAUCUGUAAUUUGAAUAAUGUGUCGUGGGGUACGAGAGAAAAUAAAACGGCAGUUUUGGAAAAUGCUGGACAGGGUGGUAAAAAGAGCAAAAAGAAGGAGACAGAGGACGAAAUAGAUUUUGUUACAACGGAAAUGAUCAGUGGAAUGAUAAAGCAAGUUAAGAACACGAACGUUUCAGGAGCUUCUUGUUCCGAAGCUUUCUUCUCCGUAUUCCGUUGGAUGAAUAACCUUGUUAUAUUAAAAUCUCUGGAGUCUGUUCAAAAUAUAUUCGAAAAAAGCAAAGACGAAACUGAUCAAGGAUCUGAUCAGGCAGUUGGCAAGAAAUCACUGCUCAAAAGUAGGCGACACAGAAUACCAAAGAUUGACCCAAAUCAAUUAGACGAAACGUCAUGGGCGUUAGAAGACGUGAGAACGACGAAAAUAUCUACAUUAGACCAAAAAGAAGAGAAAUUCUGGAAGGGAUUAAUUCAGCAUUACCUUUAUCCAUUAGACGAAGAUAAGAAAAAACAAGACAAAGAUAAAGAAAUGUUGGCUGAAUUAAGAAACAAAGUGGCUUUUGGAUUUUUCUUCCUAAAUGCACUUUGGCUAGCGAUUAUGACAGCGAUGAACGAAGUGAAAUAUAUUAUAAACAUUAAAAUAACAGAUUCAGUGACCAUCGAACCACUUGGGUUUGUCUUUUUAGUUGUUUUCACCAUAUUGCUGCUGUUGCAGUUCUUUGGUAUGCUACUGCAUAGGCAUGAGACCCUUCUUCACAUCUUAGCUAUAACUAAACUUUUCAAAAGAAAGACACAUGACAUCAAGAAAGACAUCGGGGAACUUGCAAAAACCCCUGUGAAUGAUGACAGUACCAGCUUAAAUGAAACCGAUGAUGAUGACGACGACGCCAUUUACUGCAAUGAAUCUGUAAUUAAAGAAAUUGUAGAAAAGAGGAAAAAUGAUUUAGGUAGAAGUCACAUCGGGCACUAUGAAAAACGAAAAAGUCAGGGCUUAAACCUACGAAAAACUGUACGAAGAAACUUAAAGACAAUGGAGCGACGUGGACAAAGAGGUUAUACAAAUCAAACAAUACAGGAGUAAAUUAAGACCUCUUUUUUUAUAAAGUUCUAUUGAAUUAUAUUGAAAACGAUGUAGAGUUAAUCGGCAAAAUGUCUAAAACAAUAUCUAGUAACGAACAAACCAAAAAAUCUAAAUUAUAACAUUAUAUACCGAUCGUUUUAACCCUUCACAUUCAGGAUGUAUAAUUUAUAUAAUUAAUCUAUUGCCUUCAUGAUUGAAACUUUUAAAUCUCGGAUGAUAAAAGUCUAGACAAAUGAA